AUGGUGGAUCCGAUGAGGAUAGAGCAUCUGUUCCGCAAGCUAGAGUCAAAGGUCAGCGUGAUAGCAAACAAUGUUAGAGCUGCCGCGGCCGUCGACGGUCUAGACCAUGUCGACAUCCUUGAAAAGGACAUCCAAGCCCUGUUCAAAUUCAUUGCGCUGUCCCUUCGGCGAUCCGAACACGACAGAGACGAGAUGCAAAACCCGCGCCGCGAGAACGAUUUCCUCUUCCAGUCGCUGUUCAAGGCCGCCCGGAAGAGGGGCCGCUCGGACGACCCGAAACAAGAUGCAGAGAAGCUCGAUGAAAAUGCUACGGCCGACACGUACAAACAUUUCAUCGAACACUACGCUCUGCAGAUAUGGAAUGCCGCCGAUGGCUACGAGUUUUUUCUUAACGAGAGUCUGGUCGACUUUGAAGGCGAUGCCGAGUCACGCCUGGGUGUCGGGAUGGACGAGGAACGGCCCCAGCUGAGAUGGAUGACAAAGAACGACAUAAUACAUCUGAUUCUUCCCAUUAGUCCCCAAGUGGCCAUUGUAUUUUGCGACGAGUCUCGUUGCUGGGAAUCGCCGUUUGCUGACGCCAUGCACAAAGCCAACAUUUCCUACCCGGAAAAUAGUCUGUUGAAGGACGCACCGCACAAGGAUAUCGUCAAUGUCGGCGUGCCCAGCGGAAAAAGAGGCAGAAGACGUGGCCUGCAACCGUGGCGUGGCGGGUGA